AUGAGCAAGACUCUUGUCGUCUUCGGUGCAACAGGCCAGCAGGGCGGAUCGGUAGUGGAUUUUGUUGUCAAUGACCCCGAACUGUCGAAGGAGUACAACGUCCGAGCUGUCACCCGCGACAUAACAUCUCAGUCUGCGCAGGCUCUUGUGGCGAAGGGUGUCGAGAUUGUGGCAGCAAACGUGGAUGACGAACACACGGUUCGAGCUGCUUUGAAGGGUGCACAUACAGUGUUUGCUAUUACGGUUCCUGACUUCAAAGAUAUCAAAGGCAGCGAAACCCGACAAGGUCGAGUCAUGGUCGACGCUGCAGUUAGCGAGGGAGUGAAGUACUACAUCUUCAGCACCUUGCCCCAUGUCAAGGAGAUCUCGGGUGGCAAGUAUACCAAGGUUGCGGGCUUCGAUGGAAAGGCCGAGGUCGAACAGUACAUCCGUCAGCAACCUAUCAGAAGUGCUUUCUUCGCACCAGGGUCCUUUAUGCAGAAUUACCAGCAGAUCCUGAAGCCCAGGAAAAUGCCCGAUGGUACCUACUCAAUAUCCCGUCACGUUAGUCCCAACACACAAUUGCCGAUGAUCGAAACUGCAAGCGACACUGGCAAGUUUGUUGGUGCCAUCCUGGCAGAUCCAGAUAACCAGCAAGCGGCAAUUCUGUCCGAGGCUACUGGCGAGAAUGUCGUGUACAAGCAAUUGCCUGAGGACGUAUUCAAAGGUUUCCUACCGCCAGUACCUUAUGCAGAUGUCCUUAUCGAGAUGAUGUUGUACCAACAGGAUUUCGGCUACUAUGGCCCGAACACGGAGGAACUGGUCGCAUGGGCAGCAGAUAACGCGAGGGGCAAGCUUACGACUUUUGAGGAGUAUCUCGAGAGGAAUCCUUUGGACUUGGAUUGA